CGCCAGUGGCCUUGGAUACUCAUGGCGACCCUCAGAGCUCCCGCGUCGUUAUGGAGUCUCCUGGUUGGUUCUCCCGGCACCAAGCGAGUGCGUUUCGGGACCCGAAUCCAGCCCCGGCCUGGUGCCCUGCUCCAGCCGCUGUCCCAGCCCUGCGAGGCGGGGCUGCCAUGCCGCAGGCAGAUUCUGAUAGCUCAAAGGUUAAGAAACCUGCGUUUAUGGAUGAAGAGGUUCAAAGCAUACUCAUCAAGAUGACAGGCUUGGACUUGCAGAAGACUUUUAAGCCAGCUAUUCAAGCACUGAAGCCACCGACCUAUAAACUCAUGACCCAGGCGCAGUUGGAAGAGGCUACAAGACAGGCAGUCGAGGCAGCUAAAGUACGAUUAAAAAUGCCACCGGUUCUAGAAGAGCGAGCACCAAUAAAUGACGUGUUAGCCGAAGAUAAGAUUUUGGAAGGAACAGAAACGGCCAAAUACGUGUUUACUGAUAUAUCAUACAGCAUACCACACCGGGAGCGUUUUAUUGUCGUCAGAGAACCAAGUGGCACACUGCGCAAAGCCUCAUGGGAAGAACGGGACCGGAUGAUACAAGUUUAUUUCCCAAAAGAAGGCCGGAAGAUUUUGCCACCAAUAAUUUUCAAAGAAGAAAAUCUUAAGACUGUGUACAGCCAGGACCGGCAUGUUGAUAUCCUCAAUCUCUGCGUCGCCCAGUUUGAGCCUGAUUCUGCUGAGUAUAUCAGGGUUCAUCACCAGACCUAUGAAGAUAUAGAUACACAGGGAAAGUACGACCUUUUACGUUCAACAAGACACUUUGGGGGAAUGGCUUGGUAUUUUGUAAAUAAGAAAAAGAUUGAUGGUUUGCUGAUUGACCAGAUUCAGAGAGAUCUAAUCGAUGAUGCCGCCAGCUUGGUGCAGCUGUAUCACAUAGUCCAUCCAGACGGCCAGUCCGCUCAAGAGGCCAGAGAGCAGGCUGCCGAGGGAAUCAACCUAAUUAAGGUGUUUGCAAAAACAGAAGCACAAAAAGGCCCAUAUAUAGAAUUAACACUGCAAGCUUAUCAAGAAGCAUUCAUUAGCCAUUCUGCAGCAUCCUGAAAAUAUUAAAAUAUAUUUUAUUUAACUGAAUAUCUACCUUUCUCUUUGUUAAAUAUUGAGCCGAAUAUUUGUUUAAAAAUGUCAAGAUAAAGGGCCAGCUCCUUGGCUUCAUGACUAAGGCAUCUGGAUCCAACAGAUCUGACA